GCCGAUUCAGAAUCACUAUUCUAAUUAGUAUCAUCGAGCUAUACAGCAACUAUGAUUGAAUCCUUCGCUACGAGCACUUCGCUUCUUCCGAUCCCGACGUCGAGUCCGUCGGUAGGACCUGUUCCUACGGUGAUUCCGGGUCCUAGUGCUGUGUUGCAGGAAAUUCAUUCGACGGGAAAGAGGACAUUAUGGGUCGUCGCCGUGCUCAUGGCGCUUUCGUCCCUCAUCUUCUAUGUACUUGCAUCUAGGGCACCAUUGUCCAAACGCAUCCUCCAUACCCUCGUCGCCAUAACCACCACCAUCUCCUUCAUAACCUACAUGGCCCUCGCAACCGGCACCGGCACAACCUGGAACCACUCCAUCUUCACGCACGCCCACAAACACGUCCCCGACACAACCGAGCACCACUACCGCCAAAUCCUCUACCUGCGCUACAUAAACUGGUUCCUCACCAACCCGCUCAUGCUCAUCAACCUAGCCCUGCUCUCGGGCCUCCCCGGCGCACACCUUCUCGUCGCCAUCAUGGCGGAUCUCGUCAUGCUUUCGUCGGGACUGCUGGGCACGUUCACGGAUAAUGCGAGUGUGAAGUGGCUGUGGUUUGUGGUUAGUUGUGUGGGGUAUUUGGUGACGGUUUAUCAGGUGGGGAUUCAUGGGUCCAGGGCAGCGAGUGGUAGGGAUUCGCAGAGAAGGAGGUUUUAUGGGACUGUGGCCGGGGCUACGUUGUUGGUUAAGGUUUUGUAUCCGAUUGUCCUCGCCGCUGGUGGUAUCGCGCUCAAGUUGAAUGUGGAUGCUGAGACCAUUCUCUUUGCUAUCCUGGAUAUCUUCACCCAAGGUAUCCUUGGCUACUGGCUUCUGAUUGCAUAUGAAAGUGCGGCUGGAACGACUCUCUACCUCGACGGCUUCUGGUCCCGCGGAAUCGCCAACGAAGGCGCCAUCCGCAUCACUGAUGAAGAUGGAGAUGGAGCGUAGCUCUCUGCUCGUUUGCGGAGAGUUGGGCUCUUGGAUAUGGAAUCAGGGUUAUGGCCAAACUCGAAUCGGCAUAAUCGAACUGGUAAUGGUACUCGACGAUAUGACAGGCAACAAUGGCUUUUAGUUAUGGAAGGGAUACGUUAAAAUUGUAUAGGCAUGGAUAGUUGCUUUUGAUAUCAAUAGGAUAUGUGUGCUUAAUGAAUGUUAUCUAAUAGUUGAAUUACUUUGGUUUCUGAGUCUUAAUUUAUAUUAUGCUUCUCUA